UGAAACUUGGUGAUUUUCUAUCUUGUAAAUCCUGCUGCAUCUUAAGAUUAACUGACGAUGAAAUCCAUCCUGAUUCUCCCACUGUUAUUGGUGGGGUUAUCUGCCUCUGUUUUAGCAGGAAAACAGGAGAAAAUCAACACCGAUUUGGUGAAUUCUAACGUGGAAAGGACGAUUGAUCUCGUCUCGCAACUUGUUAAGAUCAGUUCCAUCAUUUCCCUCAGGAAUGACGGUUCGUCGGCAGUGAAAAGUUUCUUGCUAGCUGUGGACGCAAAAAGGGCUCAGCAUCUUUCAUAUCUUGGUGCCGGGUUAAAAUCAGACGAUGAUAAAAAGGACCUAAAAGUGACCAGAACAGAAGUCCCUGGUAACAGCGAUGGUACAUUUUACAAGGUUGAGCUGAGCAAGAGCCUUGGUGCAGGAGACACUGUCGAUGUCACCGUGGACACCAUCUUCACCAAAGAUUUGCGUCCCUAUCCAGCUGAGAUACCUCAGAGUGAGAAGCAGUACAUGGAGUUCAAGGGCAACGUGUAUUUCUACUCUCCUUACAAGACAGAGUCCCAGACAACAGAAGUCAAGCUAGCAUCAUCAACGAUUGAGUUCUAUAGCAAGAUUAACCCAGUCACACAGAGUGAUUCUACCAUCUCCUAUGGGCCUUAUGACAAUGUCGGGCCAUUUUCUGAGGAGAAGAUCAGGAUCCACUAUGAGAACAACAAUCCUUUCCUUGUUGUUACCAGCAUGACCCGUGUCAUUGAGGUAUCCCACUGGGGUAACAUAGCAGUGGAAGAGACCUAUGACAUCUACCAUUCAGGAGCCAAGUUGAAGGGGUCAUUCUCUCGCUAUGAUUAUCAGCGGAUGCAGGAUGGGUACUCAUCCAUCAAGUCCUUCAAGACCAUUUUGCCUGCCUCAGCAAAAGAUGUGUACUACCGCGAUGAGAUUGGUAACAUUUCCACCAGCAACCUGCUUGAACAUGAGGAUCACGUGGAGUUGGAGCUACGACCUCGAUUCCCACUGUUUGGUGGUUGGAAGACCCACUAUGUCAUUGGGUAUAACCUGCCUAGCUAUGAGAAUCUCUAUAAUGCUGGAGACAAGUACAUCUUGCUUAUGCGUCUUCUUGACCAUGUCUUUGAUGACAUGGUUGUGGAUGAACUCACUGUGAAAGUGAUUCUCCCUGAAGGAUGCAAGGACAUUGAUUUAAAGACGUCCUUUGACAUCGAGCGUAAGUCAGAUGAGCUUCAUUUUACCUAUCUUGAUACCAUUGGUCGUCCUGUCAUUGUCGCUCGGAAGACCAACUUGGUCGAACAACACAUUGCUGACUUUGAGCUGCACUACUCCUUCAACAAGAUCCUUCUUCUCCAGGAACCUCUCCUCGUUGUCGGUGCUUUCUUCAUCCUCUUCUUUACUGUCAUCAUUUUGGUUCGUCUGGAUUUCUCCAUUGCUAAGGAUGAAGCCAGUGAGUCACGCAUGCGUAUUGCUUCCUUGGUGGAAUCUGUGGUGGAGGUGAUUGAAAAGAAACGAACCUUGUAUGGAAGCUAUGAUGAUGCCAUCACCAAGUUUAAGUCCACCAAGGAUUCUACUGGCUUUCAGGCCACUCUGAAGAAAUUGGAUGCUGAAGGUCGUGCCAUGGACAAGAGCAUCCAGUCUACUGUAGCUAGUCUGAAACAGGAAGGAUCAGAUAUAGCUGAAAAGGUUGGUGAACUGCAGAAGCUGGGUUCUUUGCUGAAGGAGUUUGCUCAUACUGCAGUGACUAACGCUGAGAAGGUGGUAGCAAACAAACAAUCCAAGCAACAAUACCUGGAUCUAGAGAAAGCCUUGACAGCCAAGCGUAACGAUGUCAAGAGCAAAAUGGAUGCCAUCUUGGCCACUCUAUAUUAAACUUGUUCAGACUUGUUCUCUUGGGCCCCCCUUUUAUAAAACAAAGUAUUAAAUAUUUACUUUGCCAAGUCACUUUAGUGCACAUGAAAUUUAGGAAAUUUUGUAAAGGUUCCAUGUUUGAUGUGGGAUGUUUUUUUUGGGGGGGGGCACUGCAUCAUUUAAAAGUCAAUAAAUGGCCACAAGAGAUGAAUAGUUUGAUUAAUGUAAUUACUUGAUUCAAUCAGCUCAUGCAGCACAUUUUUAUAGCAACCCAAAUCAAGUACUAUUGCAUAAUCAGUGGAUUUCAAUUUGUCUAUGUUUGGUUUUUCUUUGGUAUGUGGGUCUACUAGCAAAUUUAGAAAUUUCAUCAUUUUAGUGAAGUGGCAAAAUAGCCAAAGAUCACUUUUUCCAUUCCUGCUUCUCAGAAGCACGUUUACAUCAGUGCACUGUACAUGGGCCUUUUACUGACAUGACAUAGUGAACACUUGAAUUCCAAUGCAGAGAUACCAGCCAGUGUUCUUUGUGGCCUCUGUACAGAGAGUAAGGCUUACAUCCAGAUUUUUCCCCAUAUGAAGUACACAGGGACAUGUUGACAAUAGAUGCAACCGUCACUCUGGAAGCCCGUUUUGGAGAGGCUUUCACUCUUACUGCGUAACAAGUGUUUUCUUUUCAUGCAUGAAGACCAUAAUAAAGAGGAUGUUGAUCUCUGGUUUAAAUGCAGUAGUUGGACAGUCUUACAAGCUUUUAGAGAGAUUUUUUUUAUCUCUGCUGGCAAAAUGCUUAUGUAGAUUUGUUAUGUUGGUAGGAGCUACUUUUUCAUCCUCAUGGGUCUCUUUAAAUAUUUUGAAGGAAAAUGAGGACUAUGUUUUUGGGAAUUUCCAUUAUGAACUGCUAGGGUUGUGCUUUGUGACUUAAAGAGAAAAAUAUCUUGCAAAGUACAUAUGUAAAAUGCAGAGACGUGAGAAAAUCUUCAAGACAUGACAAAGUAUGUGACAGAAUGAUAGUCAAGUUUGAACUAUGUUGAAAUAGCUUGAUUUCUGUUAAUAAAAAACAGUGGAAAAGAUGUU